CAUGGCGUGCCGUGCGUGGUGUGCCGUGAAUGUGGUGUUUUUCAACUUUUCAACUUUCGGUGUUUGUAAAUUCCAUCGAUUAGACAUCUCAUUUAGCAACAAUGCCUCAAACUGUCCUUCUUCUCGGCUCUGGCUUCGUCGCCGCCCCUGCUGUUGAGGUUCUCUCAAAGGCUGGUGUGCACGUUACAGUCGCCUGCCGCACUAUCGCUGCUGCGCAGACCAUGGCUACUCGCUUUGCCAAUGCCACUGCCACAAGCCUUGAUGUCAACGACGCUGCUGCUCUGGAAGCUGCUGUUGCUCAGCACGACGUCACCAUUUCCUUGAUUCCUUACACCUUCCACGCUACCGUUAUCAAGGCCGCCAUCAAGGCUAAGAAGCAUGUCGUCACCACGUCGUACGUCUCCCCUGCCAUGGAGGCCCUCGAUGCGGAAGCCAAGGCUGCUGGCAUUACUGUCAUGAAUGAGAUCGGUCUUGAUCCUGGAAUCGAUCACCUUUACGCCAUUGAUGUGAUUGAUCGCGUUCACCGCGAAGGUGGCAAGAUUCUUGCUUUCCGCAGCUUUUGCGGUGGCUUGACUGCCCCCGAGAACUCCGAUAACCCUCUCGGUUACAAGUUCAGCUGGAGCAGCCGUGGUGUUCUCUUGGCUCUCAAGAACAAUGCCAAGUACUUGGAAAACGGAAAGGUCAUGGACAUUGCUGGUGGUGUCGACCUGAUGGAAUCCGCUAGAGAAUAUCACACCGGAUUCACUGGUUUUAGCUUUGUUGCUUACGGUAACCGUGACAGCACUGGCUACAGCGAGCGCUACCACAUUCCAGAGGCACAGACUGUUGUCCGCGGUACCCUCAGAUAUGGUGGUUUCCCCAAGUUCAUCAAGCUCAUCGUUGAUCUUGGCUUCCUCCAAGAUGACGAGCGUGCCUAUCUGAAGGAGCCCAUUUCCUGGAAGGAGGCUACCAAGCAAAUCAUCGGUGCCAACUCGUCUAGUGAAGAAGAUCUGCUCGCCGCGGUCUCCGCCAAGUCUACCUUCAAGACUCCCGAGGACAAGGUUCAGUUGAUCGCUGGUUUAAAGUGGCUCGGUAUUCUGUCCGACAAGCAGAUCACCCCCCGUGGUACCCCCUUGGACACUCUUUGCGCUGCGCUUGAGGAGAAGAUGUCUUUCGAAGAGGGCGAACGUGACUUAGUUUUCCUUCAACACCACUUCGAGAUCGAGAACAAGGACGGUAGCCGCAACAACCUCACCUCUACCCUCUGCGAGUACGGUGCUCCCGUUGGCUCCGGCGGCUACUCUGCCAUGGAGAAGCUUGUUGGUGUUCCCUGCGGUGUCGCCACGCUCCAGGUUCUUAACGGCACUAUUUCCGAUAAGGGUAUCCUUGCCCCCAUGCACCCUAGCCUUAACAACCCCUUGAUGAAGGAGCUCAAGGACAACUACGGCAUCUACUGCAAGGAGAAGAUCGUCGACUUUUAAGCCCGAAAUAGCAAAAUUUACAUUUGCGGUAGCCGAUUGGGCUAAAAUAGUAGAACCUGCUUAGACGACUUUUAAGUCUAGCAAACAAAAAUGAUAGAUGCAGCUAUGGCUUGGAGCUGAAUAUACCGUUGACCGAACUACCUUCUGCCCCGUGCAGGUUCUUGACCGUAAAAUUUCCGCAUUGUAUUGCCUUUAUUUCCAGUUUUUACUCAUCAAAGAGAUGCGCAUAUUUUAGCCAGAAUUUCAGCAGUCCAUCUGU